AUGAUAGACACAUUUGAUGAUAAAAAAGUUUCAAAAAACGAUUCAAUUGUCGAAAACGGUGUGAAAAACACUGCGAAUAUUACAAACAAUGCAUUAAACACACAAUUUGUGACAAAUAGUGUUUAUAGUGAUUGCGAUAAAAGUAUCGACAAUACAAAUACCACACUAUUAAGUGAUUCACAAUUACAUCGACUCAUUCCCUAUGCUUUUAUCGGACAAAAAGAGAAGAAAAUUAUUAAUGAAAACAAUUUAAAAGUAAUUAAAGGAAUGUUAAGUAAACAUGAAUUGAAAAUAUUGAAACAAAAUUGGGAUAAGUUUUGUGAUGAUUACGAAUGCGAUGAAAAUACUAAAACACGUUUAUUAGGAUAUUUUGCGUUAAGCGACAACUAUACUAAACAGGAGAGGAAAUCGUUUCGUUAUUUUAUGAGAAGCUCACAGUUUUUGUUGAGAUUGGCUAACGGUUUGCCUAACCGUAGUAUUUGUGAUGUAUAUCAUUACGCGAGAAGUAAAUUCAAUACAUUGAAACAACCAAAAGAGUUGUCGGAUGAGAUCAAAGUCCAAUUAAAACAAUUGCUAUCACUUUACGGUAGAAAGUGGUCAAAGAUAUCGGAAAAGUUUAUGUGUAAUCCCCAAUCACUGCAAGUAUAUUAUGACACGAAUUACGAUAAAAAUGGUGAACCAUAUGAUAGAGGAAAGUGGUCUAUAGAUGAAGACCGACGACUAUUGUCAUCAAUGAAACGAGUGCUGAAUACCGAUGAUCUUAAACAACAUGUGUUCACCAAAAAUAUUCCGUAUAAACAAAUCAAAGAGUUGGCCGAAAUUAAUAGGAGUGAGUUUAUAGUCGCUAAUCGCUGGUAUAAACAUUUGCGUUGGUCUGUAGCACAAUGGGAUCAAUUGGAGGACCAGUGGACACACAAAGACACCGCACGACUCAUAUAUUGUUUGAUUAGAUAUGACUUCACCGACGAGUCGGACAUCGAUUGGGAUGUAAUUAAGGAAAAGUUUGCAAACAUUUCGUCGUUCAACGCAUUGAUGAGAAACUGGCGUUUAAUUAAACAAACGGUUCCCUCAUUUGAGUCGAAAUCAUAUAAACAAAUCAUUCAUUUUCUUUACGACAAUCUUUUGCCACAAUAUCUCAAUCCAGACGACGACGGCUUAAAAGAGUUUGAAAUAUUUUUUGAUAAUUAA